UGACUUGAGACAUACCAGAGAAGAGUGAAUCUCCAUAUGCUGCCUGGAUAUCAACAAAUUCUCCCCACCAGGAUUUAUUAUCUAAAAUGGACUAUAUCUGAAAAUUACUUCCUUCACAUUUGGGAUUUACUUGCAUUUGAUUUGGAUUUUAAGGGUUCAAGAGCUGGUCGAGUCGUCAUGGAAGGUCUGGAAGCACUGAGUGGUAUGUCUUGGCUGAACGUUUCUGCUGAGUGGUAGCGAUCCAGCAUGUAGCAGAGGUGAACACGUCCCUUCACGCCUGGGAACAAUCCGACAUAAAAAUGGGGAAUUCAUACGCCGGGCAGCUGAAGUCUGCUCGAUUCGAAGAGGCUCUCCACAACUCCAUUGAGGCGUCGCUGCGCUCCAGCAGCGGAGAUCCACAGCCCAUCUUCACACAGCUGUACCUGGAGCCGGAGCAGUACCCUGGAAACAUGGACGACAUUAAGUCAAAAGCUGACCUCCAUGGAGAGCCUCCAGGCCACGAUCUGCUGAACGGCCAUUCUUCCAACGAUCUGGAGGAGCUGGAGGACGAAGAUGACUCAGACAGCAGCAGCCCUCCUCUUCCCUACCUGCAGGCCCCCGCACCCGACGGCUGCUGCACACUCGACGGUUUCUGUCAGGCAGGCAAGGACCUCCGCCUUGUCUCCAUCGCAACAGAGUCCCUAGAAGUCCCAGCGGGCUUCGAGCUGGUCGGUGCCAAGUCCCCAAGCGUCCCCGAGCACAUCCUGGUGUGUGCUGUGGACCGCCGCUUUCUGCCUGACGAGAAUGGGAAAAAUGCACUUUUAGGUUUUUCAGGAAACUGUGUGGGCUGUGGGGAAAAGGGUUUCAGAUACUUCACUGAGUUUUCCAACCACAUCAACCUGAAGUUAUCCACCCAGCCCAAGAAGCAGAAGCACUUAAAAUACUACCUGGUGAAGAAUUCUCAGGGUGCUCUGUGCAAAGGACCCCUCAUCUGCUGGAAAGACUGUAAAACCCGUCAGUUCUCCAGCAGCGCGUCAACGUCCAAACCCAGCUCGUCCUCGUCUCUCAGCAGCAAAGAAAACGGAGGCGCCAGUGGACACAGCUCCUCUCCCUUCUCCCUCUCGGAUUCUCCACCAACCAGAACGUCACAAGUAUCCUCUGUCUUUUUCGGGAGUCAGGACCUCAGCAGAGACAGCAGUUUCCUCAAACCUCUGUCAUCCACAUCUGGAAACAAGACUCUACCAAUAGUACCCACAGCUCUGAGGGUGAAUGUGCCGACAAAUAGCCUGGGUGUUGACGGGCGUUCUCCCUUACUGAGCCCCUCGCAGGUCUCUUUAGGACCUCAGAGUCAGGGCUAUCGCACCGCCGACCUAGGAGACAGUCCUGUAACCACCGCCAUGACCUCGGGUCCUCCAAAGAAGCGCCACCGGAGCUGGCACCCCAACACGUUGGUGGUACCCGUCCCGCCGACGGCCGUCCCCGUGCCGGCCAUCCGGCCGAUAGUUUGUCCUCCAGGUUCUGUGUUAGGAGUGUCGCCUCCUCAGCCGCCAGUAGCAGGAGUCAUUCAGCCCCAGCCCAUCACCGCUGGAGAGACGGUCAUCGUGCCCGACAACCUGCUCAACUCUUCAGGAGUUCGCCCUGUCAUCCUCAUCGGGCACGGCACUUUACCUUAUUUCUACGGGAAUGUUGGGGACAUCGUGGUGAGCCCCCUGCUGGUCAGCUGCUUUAAGAGCAGCCAGCUGACAGAGAAAACCCUGGAGACGCUGGGCCUCAACAGCAGCCAGCUCCUCUGUGUGGAAACCAUGAUUCUGCUCACUUUACAGUAUCUUGCACGUUUAGGCUCGGAGCAGAUUCCUCUGAGGGAGGAGCUGGAGCAGAUUGUUUUGAAGGCCAUGCUGUGCUGUCCCAGAGGUCCCGCCAUCUCCCCGUCCCAGCUGCCCUGGUUGGCUCGGCUGGAAGCCAGCGUCUCGGGGGGCAGCGUCCAAGUCGUGGUUACCCAUAACUCUUUGGGAGAGGGCAUCUCGGAGUCACUUCGUUCUCUCAGCGAGGGCCCUCACCACCAGAAGUGCCUGCCCACAUACGUAGUCAUUAUAUGUGCCUCCAAAAUGAGCGGCAACGAGUUCUGCGUGCUUGUUUUAGGAAAGUACCAAGCCCGGGCUUUAGCUGAAGGCAUGCUGACAACCAACGAGUUUCUGAAGGAAAUCAGUUACGAACUCAUCACAGGGAAAGUCAGCGUCUUGGCAUCUCACUUCAAAACCACGUCACUAGGGGACAAUCUGGACAAGCAGCUGGUGCGAUAUCAGCGCCGGCGAAAGGGACAGGUCAUCCAGCCCUUUCAAGGCGAUGUCACUGACCACAUCCACUCCCAGGAGGCCGCCAGCAUGUCACCACCCUCAGACAGAGCAGAGCAGUUAUGUAAGGUCUUCCAGAUCUAUCCGACCCAGCUAAGCGUGGCUCGGAGCCUCCUCUCUCAAGUCUGCUCCAUCGCUGACUCAGGAACCCAGAACCUCGACUUGGGCCGUUUUUGCAAAGUGGACUUUCUCGUUCUGGUCCCUCCGUCUCACGUUCUGGUACACCAGACGGCACAGCGCAUCCGACAAUCAGGAGUGCUUGUUGACCUGGGAAUCGAAGACGUCUGCUCAGCACACCAGAAAUCAGACAAGUACGUGGUGCGUCUUGACGGGGACGUUCACGCCAAGAUGGAAGCCUUCAUGAAGAAAGUGAAGCAGAACCCGUACACACUGUUUGUCCUCAUUCAUGACAACUCACACGUCGACCUCACAAGUGCUCUGUCAGGCUCCGUGUGCCAUGGCGAGCUGCAGGGUUUGGCUGACCGGGUGGUGAACUGCCAGGAAGUCCUGGAGGCCAUGAACCUCCUGGUGCUGCAGGUCAGCUGCUUCCCGUACACGCUGCAGACCCACCAGUCCCGCAUCAGCACCCACAACGAGGUUCACUGGCCCUCCAAUGAAAGUCUGCAGGGGGAGCAGUCUCCUAACGAGUUGCUCUACUUCGGGCUGAGGGACUACAGCAGCUCCCUGCAGUGGGGCGUGGCCAGCCCCAUCCUGCACUGUGAUGAUGCCUUUGAGAAGAUGGUCCACACACUGCUGGAAAGACAUCCGCACCUCCACAGCAUGGUGAUCCGCAGCUACCUGCUGAUUCAGCAGUACACCGAGGCCAUGAUGGCUCUGACCUCCUCCCCGUCCCUGAGAGACCACAUCACCCCGGAGACCCUGGCCAUGGUGGAGGACCUGAUCAACGCCCCGAGCAGAGAGGGCUCCCAGGGCCGGGGCCACAUGCUGCUGGUGCGGGUCCCCUCGCUGCAGCUGGCGAUGCUGGCACGGGAACGACUGGAGGACGUGAGGGACAAACUGGGGCUCCAGCUGUGCUUCGCCGUGCUGCUGGGAAGCCCCGCCUCCGAACUCAACCUGCCCAAAAACUUCACCAGCCGCCUCAGGGCGUGGAGAGGCUGUGAGAAUGAAGACUGGGUACCGCACACGUAUGAGGACCUGGAGGGGCUGCCCUGCAUCGUCAUCCUCACAGGAAAGGACCCUCUUGGAGAAACUUUCCCGAGGUCCCUGAAAUACAGCGACUUGCGUCUGAUAGACUCCAGCUACCUGACUCGAACAGCCCUGGAGCAGGAGGUGGGUCUGGCCUGCACCUAUGUGUCCAUGGGCGUGGUGCAGGAGCCCAAGAAGGCCAUGGCCUCUCGGGAGUCAGACGGAGAGAAGACCACCACCAGUUUGAAUGAUGGAGACGAGCUGGAAAGGCCUCAGAGCAACGGCAGCGCUGCAACCAGAACCUCUGGCUCUUUGGCAGAAAACGGCGUGAGUUCGUCAGAUUUCGCCGACUCUUCGCAGAAGCCCUCCACCUCCACCUGCCCGCCAGAAGCCACCUGUGACAUCAGCACAGCAACGCAAGGCUUCAAGCAGGAGUGUGAUUCCCUGGGGAGCCAGCUCUCCUCCAACCCCUCCAAGGCCUCCAAAGCCUCCCCUCCCUCUCUUUACUCCAGCUCCUCCUCUUCCGUCCCUUCCCCGUCUUCCUCCUCCACCCAGAGGCCCAGCCAGUCCACGCAGUGCGGUCGAGACCCGAAGCCCACCCGGGUGUCGCCGCGGACAGUCAUUUUGUCGCGGGCGGCAUACAGCCUCCUGGCCGGGGAGUCGGGGAGUCAGCUGAGCUCCUUCUCCCUGCUGCCUCAUGCAGACGUGGCGUGGAGCAGCCCGCUCAGGCCCCUUAUCACUCCUGACCUGCAGGGGGCGGAGCAGAGCACAUACUACCGCCAGUGGACCAUCGCCAGGCAGCAUCACGCCGAUUAUGAAGCUCCAUCAGUGCCACAUCCACGACGCCUGCUGCUCAGCGGACCUCCACAGGUGGGAAAAACUGGCGCCUAUCUGCAGUUUCUCCGCAUCCUGUUUCGAAUGCUCAUCAGAUUGUUGGAGGUAGACGUGUAUGAUGAGGAAGAAGACGAGGAAGAAGAAACAUCAGAGGUUACGACGCUUGUAAAUACCCUGCUGCCUGACAUUGAGGAGGUGCGAAAGCUGCCCUUUGACCCCUGCCCCCGGGUCUCUAAGUUCAGGAAGGCCAGCCCUGUUUACACUGACAAGAUGCCAACAUGCUUAAAAGAUUUUAAGCAAGAAAGCGAGAGCCAAACACCGGCCAAACGAGAGACCAAGUCCAUACGCCUGAGCAGGUUUGCCGCCCACAACGCCUUUCAUCACUGUGAACAGUGUCACCACUACUGUGAAGCCGGCCCCGCCUCACAGCUGUCGGAGUGCACCUUCCAUGCUUUCACCUUCUGCUCGUCCAUGCUGGGGGAGGAGGUCCAACUCCAGUUUGUCAUUCCCAAAGCCAAGGAGCAGCACUUUGUCUUCAGUCAGCAGGGCAGCCACUUAGAGAGCAUGCGCCUGCCUCUGGUCUCCACCAAGGACCCUAAUCUGUUAAGGAGUCCUAUCUUUACUCCGACGACAGGACGCCAAGAGCAUGGCCUGCUCAACAUUUUCCAUGCCAUGGAGGGUGCCGUUCAUCUGCACAUUCUGGUGGUCAAACAGUUUGAGAUGCCCCACUACAGAAAGUACUGGCCCAACCACAUCCUGCUCGUCCUGCCUGCUAUGUUUAACAGCGCAGGAGUUGGCGCUGCCCGCUUCAUGAUCAAAGAGCUGUCAUAUCAUAACCUGGAGCUGGAGAGGAACCGACUGGAGGAGCAAGGUGUCAAGAGGCAAGAUGUAUGGCCUUUCAUUGUCAUGAUGGACGACUCCUGCGUGCUGUGGAACACCCACCAGCCAGCAGACAGCAGUGAGAAUUCAGAUGGAACCAACGUCUCCCUAAAGACGGUUCUGCAGCAUAUGGAAACCACACCGAAGAUCUCCCUGUACGCAAUGUGCGGUACGCGCAGGUGGAGCAGCAGCUUGGCUCGCAAGUCUCCCAGCACCCCCUUCAGCCGAUGUCACCUACAUGAUUUCGUCAUGCUUAAUGUGGACCUGACGCAGAACGUUCAAUAUGACCUUAAUCGGUAUAGCUGUGAGGAGGUGGACUUUAAUCUGAGGGUGAACACCAGUGGGCUGCUGCUUUGUCGCUUCAACUACUUCAGCCUCAUGAAGAAACACAUUCCAGUUGGGGGAAACAAAGACUUCCUGGUCAAACCUAAACUCAUGGAAAUAGAAAACCUCACCGCCAUCAGCCCGUCGCAGUAUGUUUGUGCCCCAGACAGUGAGCAGACGCUCCUGGACGCCCCGGCCCAGUUCUUGCUUGAAAAGUUUCUGCAAAGCUGCAGCCACAGACUGUUUCCAAAAGCCGUUCAGAACAGAAACAACCCAGUUCUGUCCAUCGACAGCUACCUCAACAUCAGCCCGGAGAUCUCUGUGUGCUACAUCAACUCUCGUCCACACUCCACCAACCUGAACCACCAGGGCCUGCUGUACAGCGGCCUGCUGCUUUACCUCUGUGACUCCUUCGUCGUCUCUGGACUCCUCAAGAAGUUCCGCUUCCUAAAAGGCGCCACCCUCUGCGUGAUCUGCCAGGACCGGAGUUCCCUGCGCCAGACCAUCGUCCGACUGGAGCUGGAGGACGAGUGGCAGUUCCGCCUGCGGGACGAGUUUCAGACCGCCAACUGCAGCGAGGACCGGCCACUCUACUUUCUGACCGGCCGCCAUGUUUGAACCUAAAUCACCCUGUCCGGGUCCACCGCUCUGCAGCAGAAACACAAUCAGAAACGAGGAUGGAUUUGAUUCCAAUGCAGCCAGCGAUCACAAAUGUUGCCAUUCCAAUAGAGGGUCAGAGGAGGAUCUGCUGGAGAUCCAAAGUGCCCUACAAGUGGACACAAAGCCACCUCAUACGACUUUCCUUUCAUCUGCACUGCCACAGAGCACCACGCCUGGCUCUGACCAGGGUCAGUGUAAAACUCUCCACUCGAGCUCGUGUUCUACUGAAAAAGACUUUGCUGUGGGGAGAAAAAGCACAGCUCAAAGUGAACUUGUUGUUUGCAAAAAUGAAUGCUCUCAGAUCAAUGUGAUUAUUUGAAGAUUGUAUGUACAUACAUGUUGACUACAGUAUGUCCCACUCUGGACAUACUGGUUUAUCUCAGGGUUUUUAAAAAGGGAGGUCCAAGGGAGGUCGCUUAACGGGGUGACGCUUUUCUCUGUAUUUUUAUGUUGGCACCAAAGACAUCCUCAGCUGCCCCUUGGCUUAUUCCCUUUCCUCGUCCUGCCUCCUCACCUGCUCUGCCUCCACCAAGCUCAUUGACAAGUCAGCUCACAACCUGAAAAGAAAUAUUAACAAAGAGGUUGGCCUGUAUUGGAUUUCUAUCAUCAAUCUUUAAACUGCAAAACCUUUACUCUUGUGCCUCUGAAAAUAUUUAUGUGGCAUUGAUAAUCCUUCUGACGAAGAGCAGUAUGAGCGCGGUUUCUAAAUGAUUGACACGUUCAUUUAACCAAAGACUUUAUUCACAACAGGAGAAAAGUUGUGUCUAGAAUGUAGGCGGAAUACACAGCUGUGAAGCAGACUUAUCUGACUCGCCACAGGGUUUUACUUUACAACUCAUCUGUUCAUGUUUAAGCCAAUCUGGCCAAUUUAAAUGACAUUUGUCUUGUUUUUAGGUAUUUACUGACUUAAAUACUGGGUAUUUUUUAAGCAUAAUCACAUAGCGUCAGUAAAUGCUAUAUUAUCAGCAAGCUUCUUCACUGCCAAAUAUCCUGCUACUGACUGUGCCUGAGAUUUCUCCUCCUGUUACGAUGUUCUGAGGCUGGUUGGUCAACGAUGGUGUUGGAGACCAUCCACAUAAUUCAACUCUGCCAUCUUCUGUCCCCCAAACCAAGUCAAAGAAAGAGUUACACACUGUCAAAAGUAGCCGACCAGAUCAUUUCAUAUACUUGAAAGUAGAAUGUUUUUAUAUGUGUCUGCACAGGGUUGUCCAAAGAAUAUGCCUUAAGUGUCGUUUCACACGGUCACUGCUCAAGUCACUAAUUUUUUCGGACCAAUGAGAAUGAAGAAACCAUUUAACUGUGAGGCGAAGACACGUUGUUUGUCUGAGUGAAGCAAAAUGAAAUAAUUGGAUUUCCGACUACUGUACUGUUUAAAGCGUUGUUUACAUUAUUAAUAUAUUAUAUCAUCCCCUGAACCACUGAGGGUUACUGAUGUUUUUUUUAAGUCUUGUGUAACUUUUGCCAGUAUAUUUUGGUCAUGAUGUCUUUGUGCUUUUUUUUUUAAUUUGUUGCAAAGGCAAGAAGAAUCUACCUAGAUGUGUCCUUAACCAUAUGUCUGUAUCCCUCCCUGUUCUUGUGUUGGAUUUUUAUUGAAAAUGAAAAUCAGGUCCACGAGGGAUUCUUAUUUAUUUGACAAGCAUUUUGGACUGAUAAUCAUAUUGAAGUGUAAUAUUUGAUUGCAUGCUGAGCUCCCUCAAACCGAGAGGGAGCGUGUCCUCUUCAAAACCAUCCAUGAAGGCUUUGCACAAGACCCAAAUGAAUGAUUCUUAGAUCUACUGAAUGUCAAAGGGGGUAGGAAAUGUGAACUUGCACUAUACAAGUUGCCAGCAGAAAAAAAAGAAUAUUUCCCACUAUUAAAUGAACCCCAAAAUUAAUCCAAAUAUAAGACUGGUGAUCCUAACUUAAACUCCAAUGGUCCAUAGAAUGUGUCUUUCUUUUUAAUAAUUUAACACUUAAUAAUAUGCAACUUGCUCUCACAAUCUUCACUGAAAUGUGUUUGAGAACGUGUGCGGCCCAGUGGUAGCCUUGUGUCUGGGUGAUCUACCUCAUGUUUACCAUUGUGGUUGCGGGCUGUAAACAUAUGACAUUAGAGCCAUGCUAUUGUUGUUGAAAAAAAUAUGAAUGUAAUUAAAAAAAAAUAAAGUUUCCCUGAUGCAUAUCCAUAAAAUCAACUUUGACAGCAAUGAUUAACUGGAAAUUUCAUUCGAUAUCCCAAUGGAGAAUAUUUUCUUUACUGCGAUUAUUUGUAUUUUUCAAAGUAGUUUCAUUACAUUGUGUGACAUUAACUACUAUAGACUGUGAUUUCUAUUUUAACAGUAACAGUUUAUUCCCAUAUUAAAUACACUGCAAAAGAAAAAAAAUCUGUUUCAUUUACGAUAAAAUACUGGCAGCUAUGGUUGCCAGAACUUCACCGUAAAAAAAAGUGAUUGGGUUUUCUACUGUACUUCUACUAUAUGAAUGUAAAUAUCAGCAAAAACUGUAAUUUAGACUGAGUAGUCCCUUUUUUUUUUAGGGUAAUUGUGUCCUUGUGAUAUUAUGGUAUUUCUCCCUUAACUUUACAUGAAAAAACUGUUCUCUACAGUUUAAAAGUUUUGUACUAUUCCUUGAUUUACAGUAAUUAAAAGCGUCUACCGCAGUGAUAUUCAAUUUUUAAUUUUACACCCUAUUUCUGAUACAAUUUCACAGUGUUUUACUGUAGUUUCUUCAAACAUUUUCUACAGUGUAGAUUUUACUGGCAUUUUUUGUUUUUUAUCAUAAAUUUGUUAACUAUUUAUAUUCUAUUCACAAUAGUUGUUUAUUUGGCAAUUUUUUAUUUAAAUUAGAUAUGGUCGUGGUGCUGCAGAGAUGUUAUGGCACAAAAAAUAUUUUCUAUCAUUAAAAAAUAAUAAUAAUAAUAAUAAUAAA